AUGGCUACCACCCGAGCAUUGGCCCGCCUCUCCAGGAGCGCGACCGCCACGGCGCCCAGCACCAUCUUCAAGCGCGGCCUCGCGUCGGUCGAGCCGCUGAGCCAGAUCAGCGAGAAGACGUCGGCAUCGACGCAGCCCGUGUCGGAGAAGAAGACAUCGACGAUCAAGGAGCCGUCGCCCGACAAGGACGCCCGCAUCAAGACGUUCCACAUCUACCGCUGGAACCCCGAUGAGCCGACCAGCAAGCCCAAGAUGCAGAGCUACACGCUCGACCUCAACAAGACCGGCCCCAUGAUGCUCGACGCCCUCAUCCGCAUCAAGAACGAGAUCGACCCUACCCUGACGUUCCGCCGGAGUUGCAGAGAGGGCAUCUGCGGCAGCUGUGCCAUGAACAUUGACGGCAUCAACACCCUGGCUUGUCUUUGCCGCAUCCCGACCGAGACGAGCAAGCAGUCGCGCAUCUACCCGCUGCCGCACACGUAUGUGGUCAAGGACCUGGUGCCGGACAUGACGCAGUUCUACAAGCAGUACCGGUCGAUCAAGCCGUACCUGCAGCGCAAGACGCCGCCGCCGGACGGGCGCGAGAACCGGCAGAGCAAGGAGGAGCGCAAGAAGCUGGACGGGCUGUACGAGUGCAUCCUGUGCGCGUGCUGCUCGACGUCGUGCCCGUCGUACUGGUGGAACUCGGAGGAGUACCUCGGCCCGGCCAUCCUGCUGCAGUCGUACCGCUGGAUCGCAGACUCUCGCGACGAGAAGAAGGCGGAGCGCCAGGACGCCCUCAACAACUCCAUGUCCCUCUACCGCUGCCACACCAUUCUCAACUGCUCCCGCACUUGCCCCAAGGGCCUUAACCCUGCCUUGGCGAUUGCUGAGAUCAAGAAGAGCAUGGCGUUCACUUGA